CCCACCCAGGCGGGGACUGGCCGGGCGGGGAGGGGCGGCGGGGCCGGAGCCCCUCUCUGUUGGGCGGACUCACCAUGGCCAGAAGCUGAGCUCCACUCCCGCCGGCCGCUCCGCAGGAGAAGGGGGGACCGAGUGGAGAAGAGCGAGAGGCCUCCCGCCAGCGGCGCCGGCCGACUGCAGGAGUUCGCUAUUCGGCCUCGAGCGGACUGGUGCGCCCGGACUCUCGGCCGCGCCUGCGCCACCGGGAAGGAGUGAGGGCUGCCCGGCCGCGGCGCGCCGACUCCGCCGCGAUGGCCAGCUACCCCGAGCCCGAGGACGCCGCGGGGGCCCUGCUGGCCCCGGAGACCGCCCGUGCAGCCAAAGAGCCCGAGGCGCCGGCGCCGCCGAGCCCGAGCAAGGGCGGCGGCGGCGGCGCCGGGACCGCCCCGGAGAAGCCCGACCCGGCGCAGAAGCCCCCGUACUCCUAUGUGGCGCUCAUCGCCAUGGCGAUCCGCGAGAGCGCCGAGAAGAGGCUCACGCUGUCCGGCAUCUACCAGUACAUCAUCGCCAAGUUUCCGUUCUACGAGAAGAACAAGAAGGGCUGGCAGAAUAGCAUCCGCCACAACCUCAGCCUCAACGAGUGCUUUAUCAAGGUGCCGCGCGAGGGCGGCGGCGAGCGCAAGGGCAACUACUGGACGCUGGACCCGGCCUGCGAGGACAUGUUCGAGAAGGGCAACUACCGGCGCCGCCGCCGCAUGAAGCGGCCCUUCCGGCCGCCGCCCGCGCACUUCCAGCCGGGCAAGGGGCUCUUUGGGGCCGGAGGCGCCGCGGGCGGCUGCGGCGUGGCGGGCGCGGGGGCCGACGGCUACGGCUACCUGGCGCCCCCCAAGUACCUGCAGUCCGGUUUCCUCAACAACUCGUGGCCGCUCCCGCAGCCGCCCUCGCCCAUGCCCUACGCCUCCUGCCAGAUGGCGGCGGCCGCAGCAGCGGCGGCGGCGGCGGCGGCGGCCGCGGGCCCGGGAAGUCCGGGCGCGGCCGCGGUGGUCAAGGGGCUGGCGGGCCCGGCCGCCUCGUACGGGCCGUACUCACGCGUGCAGAGCAUGGCGCUGCCUCCCGGCGUGGUGAACUCCUACAACGGCCUGGGGGGCCCGCCGGCCGCGCCCCCGCCGCCGCCGCACCCCCACUCGCAUCCGCACGCACACCAUCUCCACGCGGCCGCCGCACCCCCGCCAGCCCCGCCGCACCACGGGGCCGCCGCACCGCCCCCGGGCCAGCUCAGCCCGGCCAGCCCGGCCACCGCCGCGCCCCCGGCGCCGGCGCCCACCAACGCGCCCGGCCUGCAGUUCGCCUGCGCCCGGCAGCCCGAGCUCGCCAUGAUGCAUUGCUCUUACUGGGACCACGACAGCAAGACCGGUGCGCUGCACUCGCGCCUCGAUCUCUGAGAGUCCACGGCGCACGCCCGCCGGCUGCGAGGAUGCAGGGACGUGCGAUGCCGGCCUGGGCCGCAGCCACGGUCGCCAGUCGGACCGCGCGCCCGCCGGGGCGGCCUCCUGAGCCAGCGUCCGGGGCUCCUCCGUGCGUCCUCGCUCCCCUCGGCUCCUCUCGUUCGUCUUUGUCUCCUUGGCUUCUCCUCCUGUGCUCGCCUCCCUGCCCUCUAUGCCCUUUUGCUCCUGCCGCCUGCAGGCCGCCUCUCCUCGCGCUUUCUGCGGGCCCCGUCUCCUCCCGGCGCCCCAGCGGCCGGCUGGACACCCCAUCCCAAAAUUCAAGGCGGAGAGGAACUGCCCCGGCCCAGGCUCAGCCCGGCGUCCGCGGCGCGGACCGCUUGACAAUGUCUCCAGGUCGGUGCGCUUUGCCCGCCUGGCUGCCGGGCAACCCUUGCCUAAGAGGCACAGGUCUGGGCCGACAUCGAUCCCCGCGCCGCCGGGAAAAGGGACGAAAGUGUGUUUGCUCCGUACCCUCUCUAGAAGCUGCUCAGAAGUCGCUCGACAGGGCCCACUGGGCAGGGCGGGGUUUGGGCCCCCGAGCAGCGAGCAGGGCUGCCUCGCUGGGCCGCCUGCGCCCGGGUUUACACCACCGCGCGGCUGGCUAGGUUUUGCUGAAAAGAUCGGGAGAGAGGGCUAUUUUAGAUACCAUUUUAAAAUAUUUGUUAAGGAAGAAAACUCCCCGGGAAAAUCGGCGAAGUAAUUGUGGCCUUGGAGUUCGCUAAAGCAAAACAUGAAAAUCUUCCCUUCCAGGAGAUUUGAAGUAGAAUUCCUGUCGGGCCUUCAAAAAGCUGUGUUCAGAGGUAGGAGAAUACGCUCGGUAAAAGAUGUUUUCCUCUACAAAUUUGGAGUAUCUUCCCCCCCCCCCUCUCUAUUUAAAAUAAAAUCAAAAACAAAUUUUCCCGGAUCUUCCGAUGCAAGCCCUGAGUGCCGGGAAGAUCACAGGCUGCCUGGCCGACUUGCAGGGCCGGACGACUCAUCCUCUCCCUGAUUUGUGUUUUUCAAAUGUCUUGCUUCUGGCACCUUGGGCAGCAGUCGGACCAGAUGGCUGGUGGCCCAGAGCCGGCCUGCCCGAAAUUCCUGGUUGUUCUGUAGUGUGUUGUUUGGAGGACCAAAUUUUCUAGAGAGAACUAGAGCACUUUUGUUGUUUUGUUGUUGUUUUGUCAA